GAGCGACACGCCAAAAAAGUGAGAAGGUCUUUCCUCCACUGCAGUGCUCCAAUUUCUGAAGGCGCUUAUUAUUUAUUGUAAAACUCUUGCGAGCAGAGGAUUUGGCGAAAGUGUGGCGCAGAGGAGAGUGAAAGAUGUGAAGUGAGAAGUGCACAGCAAGUGAAAGAAAUCAUUCGUGUGCUCUGGAAAAGUUAUCAAUAUGGAUUGCCUUUGUCGAUCAUCGAAGAUCAUCUCCACGAGAAUUGUGUUGCUCGACGAAACGGAUUUUCAUCAUGAAAUAAAGGACGAUUUGCCGGGUCAGGCGCUGCUGGAUGUGAUAUUUUCACGCCUGAACCUCAUCGAGACGGCUUAUUUUGGCAUUCGCUACUUGGACGAGGAGAACCAGACCCACUGGCUGGAUCCCCUGUCACGGAUAUCGCGUCAGCUGAAGGGCUCCUGCGAGGCGUACGAUCUGUACUUCGGUGUGAAAUUCUAUGCUGCGGAUCCGUGCAAGUUGCUGGAGGAGAUUACGCGCUACCAGCUGUUUUUGCAAGUGAAACAGGAUGUUCUGCAGGGACGUCUGCCGGUCUCAUUCGAAUUGGCGGCGGAACUUGGUGCAUAUGUUGUGCAAUCCGAACUGGGAGAUUACGAUCCUCGGCGACACUCCGUUGGCUAUGUGUCAGAAUUUCGACUUCUCUCGAAUCAGACGAGAGAACUUGAGAGUCGUGUGGCGGAACUACAUCAACAGCUGAAGGGAUUGUCACCCUCGGCGGCGGAACUCAAUUACUUGGACAAGGUUAAAUGGCACGAUAUGUACGGUGUCGAUUUGCAUCCCGUCAUGGGCGAAGACAGCGUUGAGUAUUUUCUCGGCUUAACACCAAGCGGAAUCGUCGUGCUGCGAAAUAAGACCACCGUCGCGCACUACUAUUGGCCCAGAAUCGCGAAAGUAUACUUCAAAGGGAAGUACUUCAUGUUGCGGGUCUGUGAUAAAAAUAACGAAGUGAAUACGUAUGGCUUUGAAACACCCCGAAAGUCUGCGUGCAAACAUUUAUGGCGGUGCUGCGUUGAGCAUCACGCCUUCUUUCGACUGGUGCGAGUCGCGCCGAUGCAGCCUCAGGCAGGGACGACUGACUUGUUUGCACUGGGAUCACGUUUCCGGUACAGUGGUCGCACAGAGAAGCAAGCCGUCCGAGAUGCUCUCACCCACGGAAGAGCUCCGCCUGCCUUCACCAGGACGCCGUCGCGGCGACAGCCGAGGAGAGUAGUCGAUGAGUUGCUGGACGCAAAGUCACCUGACAAUUCCGCCAAGCAGGCAAAGCAUGAGAUCAAGACAAUAUCGAUCCCACAACCGGCUCAGAACUAUGACGUGCUCUAUCGCUCGGCGUGCAGCAUCCCGGCGGCGAUGAACGGACAGUCAUUCCAAAGAAGCACGGGCGCUCCGGACUCGCCACGCAGCACACGCAGCGCCCCAUGGGUGCGAUCGCAGCAGCGAGGACUCUUCGGCGUCACCGCGAGUCCCAGAUCCGUGCGAUCCGCCUCCCGCGACGCCUCGGCGCACAGGUUCAGGUCCAGCUCCGUGGAGAGUCAUUCCUCCAACGACUCGCGAUCGUGUCGGCGGCGCAAGAACAGACGCACGUCGGACAAUGAGAGUGAAUUCUCGCGGGCCUCUGGCCGAUCGGGGCGUUCCCACAAUUCCCAUCGGAAGCACAGACGCCAGAGAUCGAGGCACCGCCGCACCGACUCCGGCUCUGAGAAUGACAGCAUGAGGGCGAGGAGCUACUCGGGCCACCGCGUGUCUGCAGGAUCGGUGGAGCUAAUUGAUUCGGGCAGUCAAUGGCGAGAGGUGCAGCGGAAGCAGGCGGAAAUGAAUGGCUACAGCGCCAUUCAACAGGCGUCAGUCAUUAAGAGCAAUCUCGUUCCCAAACACCACGGCGGCGAGUCCGAGCAUUCGCACCAUCGGAGCAGAAAACAUCGCAAGCACAGGUCUCCGUCUGAGAGCCGCUCGAAAAUAUGGUCCAGCGAAUUGGCGAAGCAUCUGCAGUUUGAUUUAGUGGACACCACCGGCAUGACCGACGCCCAACUCCGUGAGAUUCCCUACACAGUGGUGGAGACGAGCUCAAUAAAGCGGCCCGCCACGAACUCCCUCAAAGUGCACAAGAGCGGCACGAACAAGGACCGCGUCGACAGGAUUCGAGGAAUAUAUUUGUCGGAAACGAACGAAUCACCUGGCAUUAUUGAUGGUUCUAUAAGGUCUGCAAGCACGAUUAGCUCAAAUAGGGAUGCAGACCAGAGAAACUCUGGUCUUGUUAGAAUGAUGUCGAGCCUGAGUAUGGGCGAUUUUAUAUCGCCGUCGGGAUCGAGUCUCAGCCCACUGGACGGUUCGGGAUUACGGGUAUCGCAUGAGCACACAGACUCUGGCCUGGGAGCGGACCAAGACUACGCCUAUUCGUCAGAAAGGUCAAGCGACAGUACAAAGUACGGCACGAACAAGUCGUCUGGCGCUUCUGUGACUUCGGGUCAGCUCAAGAUUGGCGGUCAGGCGGUCACGGGCAGUCAUCACCACUCAGUGAGUACCAAUCGGAAGCCACCGGUUCACCCGAACCGGCAGUCUAACCUAAAGACACCCGCGUCGGUUCCUGUACAUAAUAACAAUAACUACCACGCCGCUAACAACAAUUGUACCACAUCUUUGCUGAGUAAUCUCGUAUAUCACAACGACCUCCACUACACGUUUAGUCUUAACCGUAUCCCUGGCGGUGGUUUCGGUGGUGGGUUCGCAUCGCCCAUAAGUGCGACGGCCUCACCGGCCGGCGACGGUCACGGCUCGAUGAGGGCCUCGCGCGGCACAAAAUCGGACAUUGGCGUGCCGAUAAAUCGGCGCCACAUGUCGAAAUUGCACACAAACGCCGGCAUUCACAGCACCGGAAAGCUGGCGUCGGUGAAGUCGGAAAACCAACUGGCGGCCUUUCACAUCUCCGGUGUCUCGAGCAUCACCGACUACCUGGACAAUUAUAAGACUGACAGCGCUGCAAAUACAUUCGCAACACUCAAUUCCAGUAGUGCGCACAAUAACAAUUUUAUUAGUAAUAACAAUCAUUUGGGUGCAGAUCAGCUGCAGCGAACUAAUGUAAAUAACACAACGCUUCCACCCCAAAAUCAAUCGGCUUCUGGUACAACGGUGGGGCCACUGCUUUACCUUGAUCCAGAACACGCAGCAGCCAAUCGAUUUGCCAGCCACAUCAAGUAUAGAUCUCCCUACAACAAUACCCAAAAUAUCGGAGAAUUACCUGAAGUGUUUGGUAAAAAGGAUAAAGCUCAAGCCAUAUGUGCAAAUGAUCAAAUUGCAACAAUUCUCGCUCCAAUUAUGCAAAGUAGACGAGCGCAAUAAUUGGAGAAAUGAGCACUGAAUUGUAAAUUUUUUGAUGAAUAACGUGACGUGAUCAUCAACGCUUAAAGAAACUGUGUAAUGAUGUCUUUGCGAUAACAUUAACUACAAUUUUCCUAAUUGAGUGUUUAGAGUGUGUUUAUGAUCUGCAUUUAGAUAUGAAGCGAUAUUAUUGUAUUCGUGGAAUUUUCAAAUUGAACUUCGAUACUUCAUUUAACGAAUUUUACAACUAAGUUAGGAGAAUAAUAACCCUCAGGCGUUGACAUCAGGACUGAUGUUCGCUCUUCUCUAUUUCAAUAUGAAUGGUUUAUAGUGGAAUUCGACGAUUGUAACUCUUAUACGUGCACAUACUCGUAUUCACCCAUAUUCCAAAGGUUAAUAUUAGCUACAAUACGAAAUACGCAGUGUAAAUAGGAUAUUUGGGAAAAAGCUGCACAUUGUCUGGUAAUAUUUUACAAAAUGUAUUCAAAUUAAGCGCACGCAUAAUAUCGAUUGCAUUUGAUGUAACGAAUUCGAUACACGGCGAUACCAAUUUAGAAUUGCUAUGGCAAAUAAUUUAUAUAAUGGUCAAAAUUAGUAAUCAAAGCAAAUAUUGCGGUAAAACAUUUUAUAAAUUCUAAGAAUUACUAUUAUUACAAUAUUUAUACACAUAUAAAUAGCAAUACAAAUUUUUGGAUGCAUCUUUAACAUUUCUAAAUGUCACAUUAUGUGUAAUCUCCUCUGUGUUUAUCAUGUGAGUGACACUGGAAAGAAUGUUGAUAAAUCAUCGGAGAUUUUGUAAUGAAUACUCAUUAGUGUGAAUAAAUAUUUUCCAAGAGUGUAA